AUGGAGCGUUGUCUCUCUCUCGGUGUAAUCAGCCGGCUCUUGGACGCUCUCAACCUUCGGCGCAAGGUAGCUUUGCUUUCUCUACCGUUUGAAACGUCAAUGAUAAGGGUUGGAAAAAAUCUCGAUUCGCAUCGUGUUUCCUCCUCCGCUUCACCAUCUCCGGCGGUACCAUAUGCGAAGUUGUUAAGUUUUCCAUUGGAGGCGGAGAUGGAGGUGCAGCCGCUUGUGCGCGGGGCGGUGUUGGAAGCCUUAGGCGAGAGCACUGGAGGGCAGAGAGCUGCGGAUGGUGGUUGUAGGAGGGUAGAAAGUGUUAGGUCAAAGGAGAUUGAAAUUGGUAGCAUCCUAGAGGGCCGGUGUUUUAGUUCCCUCGACUUUGCUUGCACUAACCUUUCGGCCAGUUUCAACAGAUGUGCUCUCGUUUCUGCCUCCCUCGGUGGCGCUUUCGUGAGCCACAGUACCUUCAACCUGACUGAUAUCAGGCGGUCCAGCUUUAUAGGGGCACAGUUUCACUCGUGCACAUUUUUGGCUACCGAUGCGGUUGGUGUCGAUGCCCGCUGUGGUCGUUUUUCGCAUUGCACAUUCUGCCGUGCUAGCAUGAGUGGGUGGGACGUUCGCGGGGCAACAUUUUACCGCUGCACUUUCACCAUGUGUGAUAUGAGCGGGUGGACGUAUGACAGCCAAACAACGGUCGUCGAGCCUGUCGGCUGGGAGUGUUGCCGGCGCCUCAACUGGGUGCCGUUCGGAGAGGGAGCCGUGGGUGACUGCCGCGUAGUGAGGGAACAGGGAGGGGAGAGAGGGUUGUCUCUUCGACCGCGCGAGCACCCACCGUGGGUCAAGUGA